AUGGAAAACGGUGGUGAUUUCAUGCAGUUAUGUAGACUCUGUUUAGUUAAGGACCAAGUUAAUAUUCCAAUUUUUGAAGACCAAGGUGAUAUUAGACAAAUAUUUCUUAAAAUUAGUUCCUGCCUGCCGGUUAAGAUAGCACCAAAUGAUAAACUACCAAAAAAAAUUUGUGAUGGCUGCUCCUACAAACUUGAUAUGUUAUAUGAAUUUUGGAACACAAGCGCAAACGCGGAAAAACAGUUAGUGACAUGGUUGGAUCAGGCAGGACUUAAAGCAAACACGGAAACAGCAGAUAAGACGAUGUCGGUGGUGGCACAACAAUGUUCAAACAAACCGUCGGAAACGAUAGUUAAGCAGGAAGCGAUGGAAGAUGCGGCGGAAAAUCAAAUAUUUAUGCAAGAAAUGAAUUACAAGGAAAAGUGGGAUGAGGCGUCAUCUUCCGCCGGACCGUCGGCUACAGUAACUUCCGAUGAACCUCCACCAAAGAGGGCGCGACGAGCAGCCGCCGUCAAGGCCUCCUUAAAUGUCACACCAGAGUCUGAAGAUGAGGAUGAUGAUUUUGACAAUGAAGCAAUGACAAAGAUUGAGAAUGAAAGCGACGAAGAAGAUGAUGAUGAUGACAUGGACGAUGAUUCUGCUUAUGCAGACGUUCCUUCGACAAGUGCUGAUGAUCAGGCUGGCCCUUCUGGAGUUGGCAAGGAUGGAGUUGAGGCACCGAGCCCUUUUGAAGAAUUUCGUGACUACCAGUGUUAUAUUUGUGGACAAAUAUACGAAAACGACGAGGACCUGCGCGUUCACUUGGAGAAUUUAGAAGCAUUCCUUAAAAUAUACUGUGACCAAUGCAAUACUUUUAUUUCUCUUGAAGAUGCCCUAUUCCAUCGCCAAACCACCUAUUUUUGUUCCCAGUGCAAAUUAAUGUUAACGAAGGAAACUUUUUUGGACCAUGGUUGUCUUCAUGAUAACGAAUAUAAAGCGUUGGCUUUAUCGUUCAAACAAGAAUGCACUCAGUGUAAAAAUUACUUUUUUUCCAAAUUAAGUUUGGAGAAACAUAUGAAUGAAAAGCAUGGAAGUAAAAUACUCAAUUGUAAAUGUUGCAAAUUACAUUUUAUCGAUGUUGAAUUAUUCAACAAACAUCGAUUGAACCAUUAUAGAAAUGCAGGAUUUGUUACCCUAAAGGAGGAGGGUCAAGAAUCUAAAUUACAGGAGAAAUUAUUGAACCUUAUCAACCGUACUAUUAAAAGAAACAAGGAAUUAUGUGAAAUGCGUGACAAAAACAAUACAGAUUUUACAAGAGAAAUGAAACAGGAAAAAUUGGAUGUUCUAAACCUCAGAAAUAAAUCUGUUUUUAAAGCAGGGUCAUUCGACAGUAAUCUUACGUCUAGGGAAUCGAUAUCGAAUGAUGAAAUAAACCAAUGCUAUAUUUGUGGGCAAAUUUUUGGCAAUGGUGAAGAUUUAAGAUUUCAUUUAGAGAAUUUAGAGGCGUUUUUAAAAGUGUAUUGCAAGCAAUGUAAAAGUUUUGUUACAUUUGAAGAAUCUAUAUUCCAUCUGCAGAUAACUUAUUCUUGCUCACUUUGUAAACUAAUAUUGCCACAAGGAACAUUUUUGGAGCACGACUGUCUUCAUAAAAGUUCCAAUCAGCUGCUGGCGAUGUCCUUGAAACAGGAAUGCAAUUCUUGUGAUAAAAUAUUCUUCUGUGAUCUAGAUAUUCAAAAACACAUUGAAGAAGUCCAUAGUAAUAAUAAACCAAAGGAAUUACACUGCAAAUGUUGCAAAUUAACUUUUUCAAGCAAGGAAAUGUUUAAAAUGCACGUGUCCGGUCAUUAUAAAAGAGCAGGCGUACUAAAUACGAAUACACAGAGUAAUCAUUUGAAAAACGACGUUAAAGAAGAUAAAGGCCCCAAAAAAGCUUCCCCUAAUAAAAAGAAGAAAAAUGGAUUGCAGAAGAAAACUAAGACUGGAACGAAAAAAAAAGCUGUGAUUUAUCAGACGAUGCAAACCAGAUCUGCUAGAAUUCAAACCAGAAAAAAAGUCAAGAUUUUGCCAACUAUGAGUAAAAAGGAUAAAUUUUGUUGUGGUACUUGCCAUAAGGUUUUUAAGACAUCUCAUUUAUUGGUUACGCACAAACGUAAGCAUUGA